AUGGACAAUUGUCUUAUUGAUAGUCUGGUAGAGCAGGUUGCAAAUGGGAAGAAGAGUGGGCAUUGUUUUAAGAAAGAGAGAUACAAACCAUGUGUUGACAAUAUCAGAGAUAAGUUGGGGAUCAUUCUCACGUCAAAGAAUGUCAUUAACCUCUUACGCACUGUGAAAAAGCUGUAUUUUACAAUUCAGGAUUUGCACAGUGCUAGUGGUUUCGAGUGGGAUGAUAGUUUGAAGGUGGUGGUCGCAACGGAUGAUGUUUGGGUAGACUACAUAAAGUCACACCCGUAUGCACAACAUGUUCGUGGUAAGUUGUGUUUAAAAUAUGAUGAUCUGGAGUACAUUUUUGGAGACGAUCAUGCCACUGGUAAAAGAUGUGCAACCGGAAAUUAUAGUUUUGACACGGUUUCUUUUGGUGGCCUAAGGGAUCCAGAUGAUCCGAUGACAUAG